UGAAACGCUUCGACCGGACGCGACCGAGUUCUCCAAACGACAGCUAACGUUAGCCGCUUCAUGACAAGGGUCAAAAUAUCGACGUUAACCCGCCUUACAGGAGACACUGUCCCGGGUGGGUGCGGAAACCCCCCUCGCAGACGAACCUCCGUCGAUAUAGUUGGAAUCCACUCGAAAAAUCCCCCCGAACAUGAGGCAGAUGUUUUAGAGGUGGGGAGCGCCGCACCCCGACCCGCAGCAGGAACCGUUUCAGGUGUGUUGCUGAGCCCAGCAUGGAGAGAGUUUGAGGUGAACUUUCUCCUCAGGUGAGUCCUGAGCUCAGAUUCUUCAGAGCCGCGCCUGUUAGUAAUAUGAGCCAUGGACUCUGGGGCACCUGAUAGUCCUGUCACCCUGGUCAUCAAGGCCCCCAACCAGAAGUUUGAAGACCAGACCAUCAACUGCUUCCUCAACUGGACCGUGGAGAGGCUGAAGAGUCACAUCUCCAACGUGUACCCCAGCAAGCCGCUGUCCAAAGACCAGCGGCUGGUGUACUCAGGACGGCUCCUUCAAGACCACCUACAGCUCAGAGAUGUGCUUAGAAAGCAGGAUGAGUACCACAUGAUGCAUCUAGUGUGCGCCUCUCAUAGCCCCCCAGCCUCGCCCGUGCCUCGGAGCCCCUCCAUGGCCGGCUCUCUUGCUUCUGACUCCAGCAGUUCCGACAAUGCCGGCUCCGCCCCCCCUGCCAACACACCAAAUCAGGACAGCCAGCCAGCCUCUUCCUCCUCUUCUGUCCCCGGGAGUUAUGACGGCCUGAGGUAUCGCGGCGGCUUCCCCCCGUACGACCCUCAGAGCCCCCCUGGUGUCCCUCAGUGGCCAGAAGGAGCCCAGGUCCCUUUACAAGGCGGCCUCCCUGCCAACAUGCCCCCCCACCCCAUGUACAUGCCCAUGCAGAUGCUGUGGUGGCAGCAGAUGUACGCACGCCACUACUACAUGCAAUAUCAAGCAGCAGUAGCUGCCUCUCAGCCUCCCAGCCCCUCCCCUCCUUCCUCCCCCUCUUCCUCGCCCCAUCAACCAGCACAGCCCAACGAAGCCGUGCAGCCCCCGCUGGGGCCCAACCCGGACCCCAACCCCCUACCAGAGAACCAGCCGGCCAACCCCAACAUCCAGAUGAACGCGCAGGGCGGGGCCGUGUUAAACGAUGACGAGCUGAACCGCGAUUGGCUGGACUGGUUGUACACGGUGUCUCGCGCCGGCGUCCUGCUCAGCAUCGUUUACUUCUACUCCUCCUUUAGCCGCUUCGUCAUGGUGGUCGGCGCCAUGCUGCUUGUCUACCUGCAUCAGGCUGGUUGGUUUCCCUUCAGACCGGAUCAGCAGAACCUCGGAGGAGGAGAACAGGCCAGGGCUCCUCAGGAGGAAGCGGAGAGACACCAGGACAUACAGGAAAUGGAACGUCUGAUGGAUGAAGGGCUAGAGGACGACGACAGCGGUGAGGAAGGAGGUGGAGGCCCUGAGGACCAGGCCCCGGCGGCGGCUGCUCUCCCUGAGCCAAGCUUCCUUACCACCGCGUGGUCCUUCAUCAGCACCUUCUUUACCUCGCUCAUCCCAGAGGGACGGCCCCAACCGGCCAACUAGGCAGACCCUAUUUCUCUGCCCUACCUCUCAAAUACCCCUCCUUCCUCCUGCCAGCAGGUACCGCUCUACAGAAGUAUCACAGUUCAUCUUUACUGUCCUAAAUACCCCAGCCAGUCGACUAUAAACCCCCUACAUGCUGCCAACAAACGGACCGAUAUUUAAAACCGUCUCUCUGAAGUUUAAGAGCAGAUGCAGUGCGUGUCUCUGCAGGCGGGCAGGAGAAUAAACGGACAUUUAGAAAGUAAAUAUCACGCUGUGUUAACGGAGUAAAUGCUUCAGCAGUGAAUUAUUUUUCUUCUUUCAUCGAUCGUGAAUUCAUUGAGAUGGUCAGAGACCCUGGAGGGAGCUGUCUUCCAUUUUAAACAGUGAUAAGGUCAUGCUUUUAAAACUUUUCAAUGAGGGAUGUGACAGAACACAAAAAAAAUAAUCAGGAAUCUCCCUAAAACAACAGGGAGACUGUGUCCUUAAGAAACCAUGAAAUAAACCACAUCCCUAAAGACAUUUUCAUGUAUGCGCACGAUGUGCAUAGUGACAUUGCAGCUACUGAAGCACAUUGUUUUCCCACUUUGUGUAUUUGAACAUUAUCUAUUUACACAUGUAAGUAUAUGCAUCUUUAAUUCCUGAAUAUAUGCUUUUUUUGAAUAAAAAUCUUGCUGCGGUUGGA